AGAUUUCUCACGAUAUUUGUGCUCGAUGAUAUCUCUUUCGGUGCUUGUUCAUCCAUUUAAUUUCAUUCAUCCAUUUUCAUCCAUCCAUUUGAUUUCGUUCAUUCCUCCACCAUCAUCGUGCUAUUGUCCGUCACUCUUGUUUUCGUCACUUGCCACUAACUGUGAUGUCCUCUCGCGUUGCUACUCCCACUUGCGGGGAUGAUGAGAGCUUUUUCAAGACUCCGAUGAACUCAGCAAGCAGCGACAACGAGGCUUUGCAACUUCGACGAAGGCAGUAACAGCUUCGACUAAAGCGCAAGACGAUGAGGAGUACUUCUUCGAGCAACAAUGACGAGAGCAGUAAUAAUGAUGAGGGUUUCUUUGCGACUACAAUGAAAGUAAUGGAGACGAUGAAGGGUGCUUCUUUUCGGAGACGAGGAAGGCUUCAUCUUUGGUGGUGACAAUAACAAGAAGGACAGUGACAAGCUGGCAACGACUAUGGAGUAAGGGAGGAGAGAGAUCGGCUUGAGGGAAAGAGGAGAAAGGGUAGGGAGAAGAGAAAAGGAGGAUAAGAAUAUUUUUAUUUUACUCUCUUUUCUUUAAUUAGGUUUAAAUCAUUUGACUUAAUAAAAUUUGCAGGUAAAAAAUUUUAAAUUUAGAUGAAAUGGGAGUAGAAUGAAUAAAAUAUUAAAUUUUAAAAAUAGAGAGAUAAAUUUAUUAAUUAUAUUAUACUCCAAUAAUUGAAAAAAUAAUUUUCUCCAUACUUUUUCAAAAUUGAAAAGAAGUAUAUAUAUAUAUAUAUAACCCUUCCUCUCUUGCACUCAAAAGUCAAGACUAUUAAACAUUUGUAGACCAAACAAACUAUACCAACCCAAAAACAACUUCUUCAAUUUUCUUAUAUUUCUCAAACACAAAGGCCAAACAUGUCUGAGCCUUCUUCUUCUUCUUCUUCUUCUGUUUGGUUGGCAUCUUACACGAACCUGCAGUUCUUUACUCGCAUAAGGCGGUUCUUGCAAUCCAAAGCUGCACAGAAGAAUAAUAAGCCAAGAACCAAAGUUUCGAUCGAUAACAAAGAAGUGCGAGUAGCUAUGGGUGGAGAAACUGAAGAUGGUUCUUUGGUGUUACAAAGAUCAGUGAAGAAACUUCACUUUGGAAGCUGGGAAGAGAAGGAGAUGGCGGCUAUGGAAAUUGUUAGAUUAGCUAAAGAAGAUGUCAAGACAAGAAAGUUGAUGGCUGAGCUCGGUGUUAUUCCUGCCUUAGUUGAGUUGGUAGCAUCGGAGGUGAUUGCUCGCCGGCGAGUGGCCGUCAAGGCUUUGAUUGAGCUUGCUAAUGGAACUUACACGAACAAAACCCUCAUGGUAGAAGCAGGAAUCUUUUCAAAACUAACCAAGAACACAGAAGUUUCAGAGGAUUCAAUGAUGCAUGAUUUAGCAGAAUUAAUCUUAUCCUUAUCUUCUUUGGCAAAUAACCAAUUCUCUCUUGCCUCAUCAGAAGUUCUACCAUUUCUAGUCAGAAUUCUUGAAUCAAGCUCAAGUGUUGAAACCAAAGAAUCCUGUUUAGGCACUUUAUACAACCUCUCAGCAGUGUUAGAAAAUGCAGGACCUUUGAUCUCUAAUGGUGUUGUUCAAACUCUCUUGACUCUCAUAUCAGUAAAACAACUCUCAGAGAAAGCCCUAGCAACUCUAGGGCAUCUAGUUGUGACCUUAAUGGGAAAGAAAGCAAUGGAAAAUAAUCCAAUUGUGCCAGAAAGCUUGAUAGAGAUUCUCACAUGGGAUGAAAAACCCAAAUGCCAAGAAUUAUCAGCUUAUAUUCUAAUGAUUCUAGCUUAUCAAAGCUCAUCUCAGAGAGAAAAAAUGGCCAAGUCUGGAAUUGUCCCUGUGCUUCUUGAAGUUGCUCUACUGGGGAGUCCUUUAGCUCAGAAGAGAGCAUUGAAGCUACUGCAAUGGUUCAAAGAUCAGAGGUUGACCAGGAUGGGCCCACAUUCUGGGCCCCAGACAGGAAGGAUAGCAAUGGGGUCUCCUGUAAAUCCAAGAGAGAGUGAAGAAGGAAAGAAAAUGAUGAAGAAUUUGGUGAAGCAGAGUCUGUAUAAGAAUAUGGAGAUGAUCACAAGGAGAGCUAAUGCUUCUGGGGAUUCUUCAAAGCUCAAGUCUUUGGUUAUUAGUACAAGUUCUAAGAGCUUGCCUUAUUGAAGAUUUUAUAGGCAGUUUGAGGAAUUUCCAAGCUUCUUUUGAAUUCUUUUGGGCAAUGGUAUGCAUUUCUUGUGCAAAUAGCUUAUUACAAUUGUACAUGUUGGCCAGUUCUUUUUUUUUUUUUU